AUGAAUAAAAAAAUUGUUAUCACUCCUGAAAGUUAUUUAAUUCUCAAAAAAAAAAUAGCUCGCUUAGAAAAAACCAAAGUCGAAAUUGCUGAAAGAUUAAGUUUGUCUAGCCUUGAUUCUGAUCUUUCCGAAAACGGUGAUUUUAUAACUUUGCUAGGAAAUUUAGAAGAAACCGAAAAAAAUAUUACAAAAUUAAACCUAUUAUUAGCAAAUGUUGAAUUUUGCCAAAAAACUAAUAGUAAAGAAUUGGUAGGAUUAGGAAGUCUAAUUACUUACAAAAUAUUAAACACUGGAGAAAAAAAAAAAGUGGAAAUAACUGAUGCAAUUGAAGCAAAUCCGCCGCAAAAAAUUUCCGCAAACAGCCCUUUAGGUGCCAAUUUAUUGGGAAAAAAAGUUGGUGACAUUGUUGAAAAUCAAGGAAAAAAUAAAUACCGAAUCCAAAUUUUGGCGAUUAAUCCGAGUUCUUUGGUAGAAAUUUUGAAAUUGAUCGAAUAUGAAGACAAACAAAUACCAGAAAUUGUGCUUCAAAGAGCCGCUAAAAAUGGCAAAUUAUUUCAUCAAAUUAUUCAAGAAUUUAUCCAAACCGGAGCAAACCUAACCCAAGGAUCAGAAAUUAGCCCAAAAAUCCAAAAAAAACUUCAAGAGACCAUGUAUUUUCUCGAAAAAAAUAAAAAACUUUUAAGCAAUCAUUGUUUUUUAGGCAGUGAAAGACUUCACCAUUCUUUCUACAAGGGAGUGUUGGUUGCUACCUAUAUUGAUUUAGAAUUUGCUGAUUGCGUAGUAGAAUUGAAAACUAAUAAUAUUAAAAUGCAUGAAAGUCCUUUAACUCUCUUGGCUUUUCAAAUUCAAUUAUUGAUUCAACAUUUGUGUACCAAAAAAGAAGUUUAUUUACUUUGA